ACUAUCAGGAGUCAUAACCGGAUUUGGAGGGACGACUCUCGCCCAACAAGAUUUGGUUCAGACAAUCAGCUAAAAGAAAUUCGGAGUUCAAAAUCCCUAGUCUCAGCUGAAACCUCAGCUCGUGAUGUUGGCGCGCAUUUUCCAUUGCCGAAUCCGUAGAAGCAAACAGAGCCUUGGGAUUUGACUCUGCAAUUACAGAGAAAAAUGGGUAGGAUAGCUGUGGCAGCGAUUGUGAGCUUGUGGGUAGUUCCCGUUUCCAUCCUUGUGAAUCACAUUGUUCCUGAGCCUUACAUGGAUGAGAUUUUCCAUGUGCCUCAGGCUCAACAGUACUGCAAAGGCAAUUUCAGGAGCUGGGAUCCCAUGAUCACCACUCCUCCUGGCCUGUACUAUCUUUCACUAGCCCAUGUUGCUUAUUUGUUUCCAGGCAUGUCCUUCAUAAAAGCAGCCACAUCAUUUUCUGAAGUCUGCUCCACAUCGAUUCUUCGCUCCUUCAAUGGUGUUUUGGCCGUACUUUGCAGUGUUCUAGUAUAUGAGAUAAUCACCCACUUGAGACCAGCUCUUGAUGAAAGAAAAGCAACACUUUAUGCAGUGGUCCUGGCCCUGUACCCUCUCCAUUGGUUCUUCACUUUUCUCUAUUAUACGGAUGUUGCAUCACUUGGUGCGGUGCUUGCUAUGUAUCUUGCGUGUUUGAAGAAGAAGUACUGGUUUAGUGCAUUGCUUGGCGUCUUGGCAGUUGUUAUUCGGCAAACAAAUAUUGUAUGGAUGCUUUCUGUUUGCUGCUGCGAGGUUAUAAAUAUUACUUUGGGUGGUCAAAGAGAUAAAAUGGAUGUAGACGACACUGAUUUCUCAAUUAGGAAAAAUGUUGAACUAACUCCUGCAAACAGUAUUACAUUAGGCUCAAACCUGAGAAAGCGGAAGCUUAGAAGUUCAGUGGAUAACAGAAUACAUUUAAUGUCAACUAGAAGUGUUUCUUCGCAAAAGUUAACGCCAGGUUUUCUUGAUGAAAUUAAGGCCAUCUAUUUAAGAUUAUGGCAAAUGAAGUUGGAAGCUUUGGUUUCUUUUAGCCCUUUUAUUCUAGUAUUAGUAGCCUUUAUUGCUUUUGUUUGUUGGAAUGGGAGUGUAGUUCUAGGUGCGAAAGAAGCUCAUGCAGUUUCUCCACAUUUUGCACAGAUCAUGUAUUUUGGUCUGUUUUCUGCUCUUAUGGCUCCUAUGCAUUGUAGUUUGAGUCCAGCUGUAGAUUUAUUCCGGUCAGUGUGGAGGAAUAAGUUUCUUACUUUGUUUCAACUGUCUGUAGCACUGGGUGCUGGGUUCAUCUCUAUUCAUUUUUUCAGCUUAGCGCAUCCCUAUCUUCUUGCUGAUAAUCGGCAUUAUCCCUUUUAUCUUUGGCGGAAGGUCAUCAAAGCUCACUGGUCAAUGAAGUACCUACUAAUCCCACUAUAUGUUUAUUCAUGGCUUUCCAUCAUCACUAGAUUGGGGAAGUUUCAGAGGAAGAUCUGGGUGCUGGCAUUCUUCUUGGCAACUGCUGCAGUUUUGGUUCCAGCGCCACUAAUCGAGUUCAGAUAUUAUACCAUUCCCUUCUUUUUCUUGAUGCUACAUUCGCAUACCGACGAUUAUCGAAGUUUGCUCUUCACAGGAUUUCUAUAUAUAACCAUCAACGUACUCACCAUGAUGAUGUUCUUGUAUCGACCAUUCCAUUGGUCCCAUGAGCCAGGGACCCAGAGGUUUAUAUGGUAGCUUGAUUCACAAGAGAUGCUAAAAGCUUCUCCAACAAUUAGCCGUAUGAAUUUUUGUUUUCUUGGUGUUCAUUGUAAUGAAUAUUUGUUGUAGCUUUGUACAAGUUGAAUUCAUUUAUAAAGAAAAGAAUGAUAAAGUUUUGGUUUUCUUUA